AAACAAAGAAGACAUCAUUGAUAUAACAGAAUUCUUUAACAGUUCAAAUAAAUAAAUAAAUAAACUUUUGUUUUCAGUAUGCCUUAAUAUAUAAAAUCUUCCUGCUUUGUCCAUAAAUUCUGCAGGCUGUGUCUUUAGAUGAACAAUUAUUUUCUUCUCUGGAAUGAGAAUUCUGUGUGUAGGCAUGACCAUGCAUGUGCACACAAGGACCCCCCCCCACCCCUGACAAACAGGCUUUGGCUUGUCAUUGACUUACAUACUCAUCUACAGUUUUUGUGUCUCACCCCAGUGAAAAAGUCAGACAGAGCACAGACACACUGCAUCAGUCCCACCCUGCAGAAUAAAAAUGGCAGCAGAAGACUGUACAGCUCAGCGCGAAGGAGGUUCGGAUGGGCUCGAUUUGGUCACGGAGCCCUAUCCGCGCUCCCCAAAACCAAACCGCAAAACAGACAGCUCCUCGCUCCAGUGCUCACAGGAGCAGCUGUCCUGCAGGCUGGCGGAGCUGGAGAAGGAGAGCAGGAGGACAGAGGCUCACGUGGCAUCUCUGAAAAAACGACAAGCCAACCUGACUAUGAACGCAGAUGAAAUGGUGCGGCAGGUGCGAGAGCGUUACGAGGGCUUGCGCCUGGCACUGGACUGGGACGAGCAGGCUGUACUGGAGCGCCUGGAGCAGGAGCACAGAGAGAGCAGCAGCAGGCUGACCCGGGUGCUGCAGGACUGGAGUCAGCACCUGAGAGUGGUGCGCAAACACAGCGGCACCAUCACGAAACUGCAGGAGGGCGCGGCCAUGGGCCAGCAGCAGGAGGUCCUUAUAGAGGAUUUCAGUUGCCAUAAGAAACUGAAUGCAGAUGAUGAGGCCAUUAGACUGAAUGAGGAGAGAUUCCAGAAGCUUCUGAAGGCUUUAGGGAAGCUCUCAAAGGACUUGGAAGCCCAGCUACAGAGAAAGAUCCUGCUGCUUGACUCCACAGAAGUGGUGAUUGACUCAAUAACCAGCCACAGACAAAUCAAAGUAACAUCAGGAGGGCGGAGCAUGUACGUCUCUCCAAAAGAGUGCUCUGCUCCUCAUCACCCCCUACAGUUUGAUCAGGUCUACUGCGCACUGGGCUCAGCUGCCAUAACAGCAGGACAGCAUUACUGGGAGGCAUCUGUCCAUUGUUGCCCUGCCUGGGCUGUGGGCGUGGCCUACAGCAGCCUGCACAGAAAGGGGCGGGACAAAAGCGCAAAGCUGGGCAGGAACAGGCUCUCGUGGUGCCUGGAGUUUCAGGACGGCCACCUCUCGGCCUGGCACAACGACCGGCACGUGGCUCUUUCCACGAGGGCGGGGCAGGGGGCACCAAACAAAGUGGGUGUGUUUGUGAACUACCCGAAGGGCUAUGUGGCCUUCUACGAUGCCGAGGCAAUGAAAGUGCUACAGGAGUUCUCGGGAGCGUGCUCAGCCAUGUUUGAGAGAGCCCAUCACCAGUUCACAGAGCCACUCUUCCCUGCUUUUCGCUUCUUCAAGCCCAAAGAUGUACGCAGUGUCCCAGAUCACAUGCGGAUAUGUGAACUCAGCCUCUAGUGAGCUACCCUGCAGCAUUGCUGAACCUCUGAUAGGUGCACAAACAUCAUUCUAGAUUUGUAAAGAAAUGCAACACUAUAACCUUGCUUUAUUACAUUGAAUUUUUUAAUUAAAAUAAAGGAGAUCAAUUUCUGUAUGUGUGGUUUUUUAGCUUUUAGAAAUUCCCAUAGCCACAGAGCA